ACUGAUAACAUAAAACAAUACAUUGUUUAUUAUUUUUAUUCUACCAAAUUGUAAUUUUUUACUUAAAACGGUUUCGUUAGGUUUACUGGUACAUUCUCAAGUGGUAAUUAUUGUCUGUUAACAAGUAAUCAAUCAUGGGCAAGGGACGUGCAGAGCCGGGUACGCCCAAGUAUAUAGCUAACAAGAUCAAAUCCAAGGGAUUACAGAAGCUGAGAUGGUUUUGUCAAAUGUGCAGCAAGCAAUGUCGAGACGAAAACGGGUUCAAAUGUCAUACCAUGUCAGAGUCACAUCAGAGGCAAUUGUUGCUAUUUGCCGAUAAUGCAGGCCGUUACCUAAGCGAAUUUAGUUUGGAGUUCUCCAAAGGAUUUCUGUUUUUAUUGAAACGUCAGUUCGGUACCAAAAGAGUAAAAGCCAAUAAAGUUUACCAAGAAUACAUUUCUGAUCGUACCCAUUUGCAUAUGAAUGCUACCCAAUGGACAACACUUACCGGAUUCGUCAAAUGGCUUGGAAAAACUGGAAAAUGUGUAGUUGAUGAAACAGACGAGGGAUGGUUUAUUACGUACAUUGAUAGAGAUCCAGCUACCAUUGAACUCGAAGAAAAAAUGAGAAAGAAAGAAAAAGCGGAAAAAGAUGAAAAAGAGCGGGAGAUGGAGUUUUUGGAAAGACAAAUCAGGGAAGGUCAGAAAAAAGACAGCGCUGAGCAGCCCGAAGAAGAGAAGCCUAAAGAACUCAUCAGAGAAGAAGAUAGUAAAUUACAAUUGAAUUUAAAAAUGGAUACUUUUAAAAAACCAGCAGUGGUCCCUAUAAAAAAUGUGUUAAGCACUGCAGGUUCUGACCGAAUGUCAACAAUUUCAAGAUCUAGUAGUAGAAAAUCCGAAAAACGGAAAAUGUCAGCUUUAGAAGAAAUUAUACAACAAGAAACGAAAAAGAAAAAUUAUAUGAGAAAAGAUUAUUGGUUAAUGGAAAACAUUGUAGUGAAAGUUACUACAAAAACAUUAGGUCUCGACUACGUUGGCAAAAAAGGUGUAGUUGUCCAAGUAAUGGAAAAAUAUGGUUGUAUGGUAAAGUUGUUUGAACCAAGAGUAAAACUCAAAUUGGAUCAAAAUCAUUUAGAGACUGUUAUACCUAAUGUUGGUGGAAAAGUAAUGAUAGUGAAUGGUAUGCACACAGGGCGAGAAGCUGAAUUAAUAAAAUUAGAUCAAGAUAAUUUUAGCGUAGAUGUUAAAUUAAAGAACGGACCCGCCACUGGAAAAACAGUUACACAAUUGCCUUUUGAGGACAUUUGCAAAUUACAUAUUAGUGAUAAGUGAAAAUAUAAGAUAAAAUAAUAAGACUAUGUUGAUAUUGUAAAUAAUGUGUAAAAUUAUAUUAUAACUAUUAAAUAUGUUUUCCCUAACA